UGUGCACUGAACUGACAUAGUGUGAUUUGAUUGGUUACAGCAGAAGUCAAUCAUGUAGUGGGAGGAAGGGGACUGUGUUGCCCUCAUUCAUUGCAGUGACCAAAGAGAAUCAAGAGGUUUUAUUGAAAUUAAAUAAUGUUUCCUUAUUUAAUAAUCAUCGUUGUUCUUUUAUACAGUCCUGUAACUGGAAAAACGGUUUCUGGAGUUUUCCGGAGCGACGCAGCGAGAGAAAAUAACGGACAAUAUAUCACCAGAUUUCUCUAUCAUGGUGAGAAUGGUCUGCUGCUGUAUCGAGUGGAUGAUGUUCUCACAGCAGUACAGAAGGAGGGCAGACUGCUGUUGUUUCAGGGGAUGCAGGAGUUUGACAAUCUCAGCUGUCUGGAGAGAGUCUCAGCGGCUCAAAUCUCCAUUCAUCUGAGUAAAGAAGAGAGUAACCAGUCCAUACCGCAGCAGUCGACGCCGCAGCUGUGGCACGUGAUGUACGCAGACCGCUACACCUGUCAGGACGGGCAGAUUGACGGUGUGUUGGAAGACGUCCGCUUCCAGAUCACCCUGCUCAACCCCGACGCCGCGGGAAACCCACUGGAUCACUUCAGCGCGGAGGAGGCUGGUCUGCACAGCUUCUACUUCCUGUUGAUCUUGGCGUAUUUCAUAGCGUCGUGUAUCUACGUGCAGCCACUGUGGCAGGCGUUGAGAAAAGGCGGGCCGAUGCUCACGGUGCUGAAGGUUUUAUCCACUGCGCUCCUGCUGCAGGGAGCGUCCAUGCUGUUCAACUACAUACACAUGGCGCGGUACGCUAGAGAUGGUGUCGGGACUCCUCUGAUGGGCAGUCUCGCCGAGUUGUGUGAUCUGAUCGCUCAGGUGCAGAUGUUGUACAUGUUGUUGAGUUUGUGUGUGGGCUGGUCUCUGAGUCGCAGCAGGAAGUCUCAGUGUAAACCGCUGCAGUGGGACUCCACACCUGGAUCUACUGCGCUGGCAGUGGGCGGGGUCGUUGCACAGGGGGCGCUGCUGAUCUGGGAGCAGUUUGAGGACGUGGAGCAUCACAGUUUUCACGCUCAUGGCAGUGUGGCGGGGUGGCUGCUGAUGGCACUGCGUGUCGCUCUCGCUCUGUUUCUGGCGUCAGUGCUGUAUCAGAUCAUCGCAGCAGAACGGAGGCUCAAAAGAGACUUCUAUCUCACCUUAGCCAAGGGCUGUUUCCUGUGGUUCCUCUGUCAUCCGGUUCUCGUCCUGUUCUCUGUUUUACUCAACGAGCAUCAGCGAGAGAAGGUUAUUACCAUCGGAGUGAUUCUGUGUCAGUCCAUCUCAGUGGUGGUGUUGUAUCGUCUCUUCCUGUCGCGCAGUCUGUACUGGGAGGUGUCAUCGCUGUCGUCCGUCACUCUCCCUCUCACCAUGAGCAGAACGGCACGAGGACGAUACUGAGCGUUACACGGGAAACACUAAUGUGCUGAAGCAGCUGAACAAACAAGGGACCAGCAGCCCCAGAUACACUGAGAGAACGAGCAGACAGAGACAGUUCAACAUCUCACACACACACACACACACACACACACAAACACGCACGCACAUGCGCACACACACACAUCCACUCUCUCGCACACACACACGCACACAUUCUCGCACACACUCACACACACUCUCACACACUCUCACACACUCUCACACACUCUCACACACUCACGCACACACAUGCAAACACUCUCACUCUCGCACACACUCACGCACGCACUCUCACACACACACACACUCUCACACACUCUCACACACUCACGCACACACAUGCAAACACUCACUCUCGCACACACUCACGCACACACACACGCAUGCACUCUCACACACACACACACGCACACUCUCGCACACAGACACGCACACAUUCUUGCACAUUCUCACACACACUCUCACACACUCACGCACACACAUGCAAACACUCACUCUCGCACACACUCACGCACACACACACGCACGCACUCUCACACACGCACGCACUCUCGCACACACGCACACUCUCGCACACAGACACGCACACAUUCUUGCACAUUCUCACACACACUCUCACACACACUCUCGCACACACACACACACACACACACACACACACACAAUCUCACACACUCACACACACACACUCACACACACACUCACACACUCUCACAGACACUGACACACACACUCUCACACACACACAUACACUCUCACAGACACUGACACACACACUCUCACACACACACUCACACACACACACACAGACACACACUCGAGAGAGAGAGAGAGAGAGAGUCACUGUCUGCUGUCACUCAUUGAAACAGCUGCACAUCUGGUCUGCAUUGAGUUUCAGAGGAAGUGCACAGAGAGCUUUAUUCAUCAGAGAUGAUGUAACAUACAUUUCAUACCUUCAGUUCCAUUGUUCAAAUGAACGACUCACUUGACCUGAGGAACACACCUGAAGUGAUGAUGUCAUGUGUGUGACUGGCAUGAUGAUGUCGUGUGUGACUGACAUGAUGAUGUCAUGUGUGUGUGACUGAGGUGAUGAUGUCGUGUGUGUGACUGAGGUGAUGAUGUCGUGUGUGACUGGCGCGAUGAUGUCGUGUGUGUGACUGAGGUGAUGAUGUCGUGUGUGUGACUGAGGUGAUGAUGUCGUGUGUGUGACUGAGGUGAUGAUGUCAUGUGUGUGUGACUGAGGUGAUGAUGUCAUGUGUGUGUGACUGAGGUGAUGAUGUCGUGUGUGUGUGACUGAGGUGAUGAUGUCGUGUGUGUGUGACUGAGGUGAUGAUGUCGUGUGUGUGUGACUGAGGUGAUGAUGUCAUGUGUGUGUGACUGACGUGAUGAUGUCAUGUGUGUGACUGACGUGAUGAUGUCAUGUGUGUGACUGAGGUGAUGAUGUCAUGUGUGUGUGACUGGCAUGAUGAUGUCAUGUGUGUGUGACUAAGGUGAUGAUGUCAUGUGUGUGACUGAGGUGAUGAUGUCGUGUGUGACUGGCAUGAUGAUGUCAUGUGUGUGACUGAGGUGAUGAUGUCGUGUGUGUGACUGAGGUGAUGAUGUCGUGUGUGUGACUGAGGUGAUGAUGUCAUGUGUGUGUGACUGAGGUGAUGAUGUCAUGUGUGUGUGACUGAGGUGAUGAUGUCAUGUGUGUGUGACUGAGGUGAUGAUGUCGUGUGUGUGUGACUGAGGUGAUGAUGUCGUGUGUGUGUGACUGAGGUGAUGAUGUCGUGUGUGUGUGACUGACGUGAUGAUGUCGUGUGUGUGUGACUGAGGUGAUGAUGUCAUGUGUGUUUGACUGGCAUGAUGAUGUCAUGUGUGUGUGACUAAGGUGAUGAUGUCAUGUGUGUGACUGAGGUGAUGAUGUCAUGUGUGUGACUGGCAUGAUGAUGUCAUGUGUGUGACUGAGGUGAUGAUGUCGUGUGUGUGACUGAGGUGAUGAUGUCGUGUGUGUGACUGAGGUGAUGAUGUCAUGUGUGUGACUGAGGUGAUGAUGUCAUGUGUGUGACUGGCAUGAUGAUGUCAUGUGUGUGUGACUAAGGUGAUGAUGUCAUGUGUGUGACUGGCAUGAUGAUGUCAUGUGUGUGACUGAGGUGAUGAUGUCAUGUGUGUGUGACUGAGGUGAUGAUGUCGUGUGUGUGACUGAGGUGAUGAUGUCGUGUGUGUGACUGAGGUGAUGAUGUCAUGUGUGUGACUGAGGUGAUGAUGUCAUGUGUGUGACUGAGGUGAUGAUGUCAUGUGUGUGACUGGCGUGAUGAUGUCAUGUGUGUGUGACUGAGGUGAUGAUGUCAUGUGUGUGACUGAGGUGAUGAUGUCAUGUGUGUGACUGAGGUGAUGAUGUCAUGUGUGUGACUGGCGUGAUGAUGUCAUGUGUGUGUGACUGAGGUGAUGAUGUCAUGUGUGUGACUGAGGUGAUGAUGUCAUGUGUGUGACUGAGGUGAUGAUGUCAUGUGUGUGUGACUGAGGUGAUGAUGUCAUGUGUGUGUGACUGAGGUGAUGAUGUCAUGUGUGUGUGACUGAGGUGAUGAUGUCGUGUGUGUGACUGAGGUGAUGAUGUCGUGUGUGUGACUGAGGUGAUGAUGUCAUGUGUGUGUGACUGAGGUGAUGAUGUCAUGUGUGUGUGACUGAGGUGAUGAUGUCAUGUGUGUGUGACUGAGGUGAUGAUGUCAUGUGUGUGUGACUGAGGUGAUGAUGUCGUGUGUGUGUGACUGAGGUGAUGAUGUCGUGUGUGUGUGACUGAGGUGAUGAUGUCGUGUGUGUGUGACUGACGUGAUGAUGUCGUGUGUGUGUGACUGAGGUGAUGAUGUCAUGUGUGUUUGACUGGCAUGAUGAUGUCAUGUGUGUGUGACUAAGGUGAUGAUGUCAUGUGUGUGACUGAGGUGAUGAUGUCAUGUGUGUGACUGGCAUGAUGAUGUCAUGUGUGUGACUGAGGUGAUGAUGUCGUGUGUGUGACUGAGGUGAUGAUGUCGUGUGUGUGACUGAGGUGAUGAUGUCAUGUGUGUGACUGAGGUGAUGAUGUCAUGUGUGUGACUGGCAUGAUGAUGUCAUGUGUGUGUGACUAAGGUGAUGAUGUCAUGUGUGUGACUGGCAUGAUGAUGUCAUGUGUGUGACUGAGGUGAUGAUGUCAUGUGUGUGUGACUGAGGUGAUGAUGUCGUGUGUGUGACUGAGGUGAUGAUGUCGUGUGUGUGACUGAGGUGAUGAUGUCAUGUGUGUGACUGAGGUGAUGAUGUCAUGUGUGUGACUGAGGUGAUGAUGUCAUGUGUGUGACUGGCGUGAUGAUGUCAUGUGUGUGUGACUGAGGUGAUGAUGUCAUGUGUGUGACUGAGGUGAUGAUGUCAUGUGUGUGACUGAGGUGAUGAUGUCAUGUGUGUGACUGGCGUGAUGAUGUCAUGUGUGUGUGACUGAGGUGAUGAUGUCAUGUGUGUGACUGAGGUGAUGAUGUCAUGUGUGUGACUGAGGUGAUGAUGUCAUGUGUGUGACUGAGGUGAUGAUGUCAUGUGUGUGACUGGCGUGAUGAUGUCAUGUGUGUGUGACUGAGGUGAUGAUGUCAUGUGUGUGUGACUGAGGUGAUGAUGUCAUGUGUGUGACUGAGGUGAUGAUGUCAUGUGUGUGACUGGCGUGAUGAUGUCAUGUGUGUGUGACUGAGGUGAUGAUGUCAUGU